GCAGCUGCGAGUGUGCCUUCACCCGCAGCGUCACUCCGUAGUGAUGUGCAAGUGAGUAGGGAUCGGCUUGAGAUUCAGCCUGUGAAUACACACGGUGUACACUACCUGCCAGAGUGCUGAGGAUUUGGAAAAGGUCCUCAGUGGUGACAAGGUCGCGUGACAGUGUUGUCACAGCGGAUCAUCCGGGGACCUGCGACGGGAAGACGUGCGCAUGCGGUCUGUGCCUCCGGCGCAUCGACCUCUGCAGCUGAUUUUAUUAAAUUCAAGACGAUCUGCUCAAAAGAUCCACUGAAUAUGUACGCCUGUGCAAAAUUCGUCUCUGCUCCUACUCUGGUCCGUUCUGGCUCCAGGGUGCUCUACAGGCCACUCUCUGCAUCCAUGCUGUCCCGACCUGAGGUGCAAACUGUACAGGACUCCCCGAUCCCCUUCAUCCAAGUAGCACUUAGGAACUUACAAACCAGUGCUGUCAGCAGAGACAUUGACACCGCUGCUAAGUUCAUUGGUGCAGGAGCUGCCACCGUGGGCGUGGCUGGCUCGGGAGCCGGGAUUGGAACUGUGUUUGGCAGUCUCAUCAUUGGAUAUGCCAGAAACCCCUCUCUGAAGCAGCAGCUGUUUUCCUAUGCUAUCCUAGGAUUCGCUCUGUCUGAAGCCAUGGGUCUGUUCUGUCUCAUGGUGGCCUUCCUCAUCCUGUUUGCCAUGUGAAAUGUGCCCCAUCUGUGCUUUGCUCCAAACAACACGUGUAACUGCUUAUUUUGGGAUGGCUACCAAAAUAAUUUGCGGUCAUGUACAUUUAUAACUUUUUGUUGAACUGUCAAGCAUGUAUUGAUGUAUACUACAGAAUUACACAAUAAAAAUACAUGUAUUUGACAA